CUGGGAAACCUUGUUCCAAUCGAUAUCAGGUUCAUCUUCGCUGACCCCAAUGCUGCGAAACAAAUUGCAACCUGGUAGGACGUAUUGAUGAGGCGCCGAGCGAACACGCGUGGGUCAUCUCGCGACAGAGACGACAUACGUUCAAAUAUAAACCCUUGAUUCGCAGACAAGCAUCCGACGUCAAGCGUCGUAUUCACCACAACCUGUACCCUCUGACAAUCUAACUCACAUUUUCAACAUGUUGCAACCAAAUGGAGUUGACCACAACUCAACAACGACAAAUGGAACGUCAGGAAACUCUGCUUACGAUGUCUAUGCCGAUUAUCUCAUUGUCGGCACUGGGCCUGCUGGCGCAUCUUUGGCAUGUUUCCUGACACAACAUGGCUUGACUGGUCUCAUCGUGAGCAGUGCUCCUGGCAGCGCUGACACUCCUCGAGCACACAUUACCAACAUGGCGGCAUUGGAUUGCCUUCGUGACAUUGGCCUUGACACUGAAUGCUACCAAUUGGGCACCACAGGAGACUCAAUGGUGCACACGCGAUGGUCAAACAGUUUUGCUGGAGAGGAGUAUGCGCGCAUCUACUCAUGGGGAAAUGACCCCAGGCGCAAGGGGGACUAUGAGCUAGCUAGCCCAUCUGAACCGCUUGAUCUGCCACAAACUCUGCUGGAACCAAUUCUGAUGCGGUACGCAACUCUGAACGGCUUCCAAGUACGUUGGGAUACGACAUUCGUGUCAGUCACUCAAGAUGAGGGCGAGGAUGGCGGGGUAACCACGACUCUACUUGACAAAGUCACCAAUCAGCAAUUUCGAGUCCGAUCUCGAUAUUUGUUCGGAGCCGACGGCGCACGCAGUGAGAUUGUCAAACAGGUUGGAAUACCCUUGAUCAGGAGACCUGGUCAAGGCUUUGCCAUCAAUAUCCUGAUGGAGGCCGACAUGGCACACCUCAUGGAUAGUCGGAUGGGUAAUCUACACUGGAUUUUGACGCCGGAUAAACAGCAUCCCGACUUCGCGUGGAUUGGGUGUAUUAGAAUGGUCAAACCAUGGCAUGAGUGGCUAUGCAUCAUCUUCCCAGAGGCCACGGCUGAGCGAAAGGCCCGAACACCCGAGGAAUACAUGGAUCGAGUACGAGAGUUCAUCGGCGAUGACUCCAUUGACAUUAAAAUAAAGGGAAUUUCGACUUGGGCAAUCAACGAAACGGCAGCCGAAUAUUAUUCGAAAGGCCGCGUGCAUUGCCUUGGGGAUGCUGUUCAUCGACAUCCCCCGAACCAUGGUCUUGGAUCAAAUACCUGCAUCCAAGAUGCUCAUAACCUCGCGUGGAAGGUUGCUUAUGUCCAUAAAGGCCUAGCUAGUCCACGGAUAUUGGACUCUUACAGCGAAGAGCGUCAACCUGUCGGUCUUGACGUGGUUACCAUGGCAAAUGCAUCUCUUCGAAAUCACAAAGAAAUCUGGAGGGUUCUUGGUAAUCUAGAGCCUACCGUGGAGCAACGGGUGGCUGUUGUGAAAGAACUCAAUGAGGAUUCACCGGCCGGUCGCAAACGACGAGCGGACUUGCAAGAAGCGCUAAGAAUGAUCAACAGAGAAGAACACGGUUUGGGGAUUGAGAUGAACCAAAGAUACACAUCGUCAGCAGUUUACAAAGCUGAUCAAGGCGACGCUCCGGUUUUCACGACCGACGCGCUCGAGAACUACCAUCCGACCACAUAUCCAGGCGCAAGAGUGCCACAUGUCUGGCUCAACCACGCCGUACCAGGCAAGCCCAUCUCAACCCUUGAUUUGGCAGGAAAGGGCCACUUCACUCUGUUCACGGGCAUUGGCGGACAAGGCUGGAAGGAAGCUGCGAAGAAAAUCUCCGCCGAGACUGGUAUUGAAAUCAAGGCUUACACGAUCGGAUACAGACAAGACUACGAAGACAUGUAUCUGGACUGGACCAAGAUCCGAGAUGUAGACGAGUCAGGUUGUGUGCUUGUGCGACCAGAUUACUUUGUGGCCUGGAGAUCCCAGAAAUGGCAAGAGGAAAGUGCUUCGAUGUUGAAGUUGGUGAUGGACUCUGUGCUCUCUAGGAGCACCAAGGCAGUACCUGUAUCGUAAGACAACAUUAGAAUUAAUGAUGAGAUUGAAUUGAGAUAAAA